AUGGAUCUUAUAGCUAUACAAAAUGGGUAUUUUCUAGUCCGUUUCGCAUCGGUGGCUGAUUAUGAACACGCAAGAUUCGAAGGUCCAUGGACGGUUUUAGAUCACUGUCUUGCGGUUAAGGAUUGGGAACCGGACUUUGAUCCUAUGCGUGAUCAAACCCAGCGACUUCUGGUUUGGGUUCACUUUCUAUGCUUACCAAUCGAGUAUUAUGAUUAUGAGUUCUUGAUGCGGGUGGGAGAUAUCAUUGGAACAACAAGGAAGGUUGAUCAUGCGACAAGCAUGGCAUCUAGAGGACUCUUUGCGAGAGUGUGUGUAGAAGUUGACAUAACAAAGCCCCUCCUCGCAAGGUUUACAUUAAGGAAUAAAAUGAGAACGAUCGAGUACGAAGGUCUCCAUCUUGUGUGCUUCAGGUGUGGAAUGGUGGGGCACUGGAAGGAGACUUGCAAACUGGCACAGCCGCAAGAAACAGAAGAGUCGCCUAAGACAGAGAGUGGUGGAACGGAGAACACCGGCGACCCAACGGCGGAGAUGAGACAAGGCCCCACAUGGAAAGCUGCUGAUGGAAAGGCGGAUAACCAGGGAUACAGAAGAUUUGCGGGAGACAAAUAUGGAAGCUGGAUGAUUGCGAUGAGGAAACCAAGGAAUUUCCAAAACCAGGGCAAUCAUAGAAAGUCUAACGGGAGAAAUUCUGGUGUAAAUGGAGAAAAUUCAAAAGGAAGGUCUGGAGGGAAUCAAGGAGGAAAUGGUAAGAAUUUCAAUAAGGAAGGUUUCAAGAUAUGGGAUAACUCGAGGUAUGGGGUCUUGGACAACUUGGAGGACGAGAAUGAGGAGACAAACGAAGAGGCUUUUACGGAGAUGGACGGAACGGAUGGUUCAACAGGAACCACUCUUGCCGGGAGAGAAACUGACAACCACACGGUGGUUCGAGGGUAUGAGAAGGGGUCGAGGGUGGAGAAAACAAUAAUUAAUGAAGAAGGUAGCAUGAUAGAAGUUCAACACACCCAGGAAGAGGCCGGAGAACACCACCAGGACCCACCGGAUGGGGGUAUUCCGAUGGAUAGCGGAGGAAAUGAGGAUCCUAUGAUGGAUGUUGAGUUCACCGAGGGACAGUCCUCGGAGGGGGCUGCGUCUAGCGGGUUUAGACGAGCCCUUCUUCUCCUCGUUAAUAAUGUUAAGGCUAAUUUGAUUGGCCUGGUUGAACCUAGAAUCUCCGGCAGUGCUGCGGAUAGGGCAUGCAGGAGCUUUGGUUUUGAUAACUGGAUUCGAGUUAAAGCGGUCGGCUUUAGCGGGGGCAUUUGGCUUUUGUGGCGAAACAACAUCAACGUGGAGGUCAUGGCGACUAAUCCGCAAUUCAUUCUAACCAAAGUUAGCAAAGGAAAUGGGACGGUGGGGCUGGUUUCGUUCGUCUACAGCAACCCGUCACACCACUUCCGGAAAAAACUUUGGAACAGUUUAUCUAUUGAUAAUUUCUCCUUAAACGAAGAGUGGAUUUCGGUAGGGGAUUAUAAUGCAGUGACAUGCAUGGAAGAUGUCAGCAACAAGGACAACUUCCAUAAUCACCGAUGUGCAGGUAUGAACCAUUGGAUUUUUAAAGAGGGCCUGAUUGAUAUGGGCUUUGUUGGUGGCAGGUACACAUGGACGAGAGGACGAGAUAGCUCUACGUUCACGGGAGCAAGACUUGACCGUGCGCUUUGCAAUUUAGAAUGGAUAACCAAGUACCCAAACACGAAGGUGGUUCACUUGCCGAGAGUGUGCUCAGACCAUUCCCCUUUGCUCAUUGACUUAGGCCUUUCAACAGAAGUACAGAGGAGUCGCACGUUUCACUACCAGGCUACAUGGAGCAGUCAUCCGGACUUCAACAAUAUAAUCUCUCAAUGCUGGAAUGGAGAUAGAACAGUGAGAGAGAACAUUUCGAAUAUGCAGGCCACGUGUGCGAACUGGAGCAGAGAGAUAUUUGGAAACAUAGACCGGAGGAAACACAAAAUGUUAGCACGGAUCAAGGGCAUACAAACAAUUAUGGAUAGCAAACCUCAUAAUGGUCUCAUCAAGCUCGAGAGGAAAUUACGAUUGGAACUCUAA